AUGAACAAUGGCCGGUUUAUAAAAUCAUUUUCAAAAAUAUCGUUUCACCGAAUUACGAUUGUCAUCUUUUCAGUUACCGAAAAAGAAAUCAAGCAAUGGUACAAGGGGUUCGUACGAGAUUGCCCCAACGGCAUGCUCACUGAAGCUGAUGGAGCGAUCGAAUUUCAUGAAUUCAUUCGAGCCUUGUCCAUAACGUCACGGGGGAAUCUCGAUGAGAAAUUACAUUGGGCAUUCAAGUUGUAUGAUCUCGACAAUGACGGUUUUAUUACCCGUGAUGAGAUGCUGUCAAUUGUCGAUUCCAUAUAUAAAAUGGUUGGAUCGAGUGUAAAAAUACCGGAUGAAGAAAGUACACCAGAAAAACGAGUCGAUCGGAUAUUCCGAAUGAUGGAUAAGAAUAAUGAUGCACAGCUCACAUUGGAAGAGUUCAAGGAGGGGGCCAAAGCAGAUCCGUCUAUUGUGCAUGCAUUAUCAUUGUAUGAAGGUUUAUCGUCAUGA